AUGGACAACCUUAAUCAAACCAAUGUAAACGAAGCUUUACAUAAUGUGAUAAGGAAGACAGAAGUUAUAAAUGCACUUGCUUUAUUGAUAAAGCACAAUCUGGAUGUAAACACACUACAAGAGGGACACUCCCCAUCCUUUAUAGCAGCUUUAAAAGGAAAUAUUGAUCAGCUUCUAUGUCUUCUGAACAACGGAGCCAACGUUAGCUUUGUUACGGAAAGUAAUUAUGCUGUAGAUUCCUUUGAUAUAGUAAACAAAAUAAAGGAUAUAAAGCAAUCUCGUUACUAUGGAUAUGGCCUUUUACAUAUAGCUGCUAAACAUGGACAUGAGAAAAUAGUCAGUAAACUUUUAGAAUAUAACAAAGAAAUGAUCUAUUGGAAAACAUCUCUUGGACAGCGUCCGAGUGAUAUUGCUUGUGAAAUGGGGAACUUAAAUGUUUUACAGAAAUUUUCCAAUUUGGACAAUGAUAUGUUAUCCGAUUGCAUUUACUAUGCUGCUCGAUCCGGAAAUGAAAAUAUAAUUAUGUCUUUGACUAAACGAAAAAUAAAUCUAAGAUGUAUAUCUAAUGAACAGUCUAGAGAUGCAAUAAAAGAGAUGGAAGUAAAAAAUCUUGAAAACGUUGAAAUAAAACGUGAUUUUCGAAUAGAACGGCAUCUUUCUUAUCAUAUUGUAUAUCCCCUUGAUAAAUGGUGGAUAGUAGCAAAGGAAACACCAAUUCACGCAGCAAUUAGGUCAGGUUCAACGGAGGUAGCAAAACGUUUAAUAAAAUUAUUUCCAGGAUUGCUUGAUUGCACAGAUUCAUUCGGUUAUACGGCAACAUUGCUGAGUGUAGUAAAAAAUCAGUUUGAUUUGUUGCCUUUACUUACAGAUCAUAUUUUAACUGACAGGUGCGAUUCGUAUUAUUUUGACAAAAACCAGGUUAUGGGUGAUGGUUUAUUACAUUUCCAAGAAAUAUCAAUUGGUACUAUUUUAGCCAUGGUCGACUUUUCAAAUAAUAUAAUUGAACAUUUUUGUGAAAGUGGUUCUACAUUUAUUCAUCUUUCUUUAAAAUAUAGGCGAGAAAACUUUAUAAAUUAUGCUAUCCAAGAAAAGAUUGUUACUGAUUGGAAUUCUGCUGAUGAAGAAGGAAUUUAUCCAAUUCACAUUGCUGCAAGAGAUGCUAAUAUUGAGGUUAUUGAUUUUGCAAUAAAAUACUUAAGGCUUGAUAUUAGCAGUAUCAAAUGUAAAAAUGGUUCUACUGCAUAUCAUAUAGCUGCGAUUACACCGUCACCUCAAAGUUUAUCUCGGCUAACAGAUAAAUUUGCAAUCGUAAUUCCAGAUAUAAAGGAUAUAAAUGAAAGAGGAUUCUUGCAUCAUACGUGUUUAUUCGAUCAACAUUCGCAGAGGUAUAGUUUAAAUCAUGUUAACGUUAUGAACUUCCAAACUAGUUCAUUGCUAUGCUUCCAAUACUUUGUUAUAUUAUGUAAUAUCAAUAUGAAAUCAACCGAUGUGUUUGGACGAAAUAUUUUACACUAUGCACUGGUAAAUGGCCAUUUUUCUAUCAUCGAAUAUAUAACAAUCAACUACCCGUUAGAGUUCAGAAAACUUUUGAAUCAAAAAGACGUAAAUGCAAAGACAUCAGUUCAAUAUGCACUUGCUGAAGUCAAUGCGAUUAGGGAGACUCAAAAUGAGGUGGUGGUCAUGGCGCAUUUUAGUCUGCAAUCUCAUUUGACAUUCUUAAAUCAAUAUAAAAGCUGCCUUUCUAAAGAACCCCCAUGCAUCAUUUUGAAAAAAGCAUGGGAAAUAUCUUUAAUGUUUACAAUACGAGAACUUAGAUGGGAAGAAUUUCAAACAGUUAUAGAACCAUUUUUGUAUCUAUUUCUGAUCAAAAGUGGAAAUGUGUUUAAUUUUAUUUGGACAUUUCAUACACAAAUUACAGACGAAGUUCUUGGAGCACAUAUAAUUAAAAGCAUGGAUGAAAAUAUUCAGCCAUCUGCGGAUACCCUUAAAGAAAUUGCUUGGUAUAGACCAACAGUAUUCAAUAAGUGCGGACUACCAUUUAAACGGUCCCCAUUACACUAUAUUGCUUUAAAGGGUAGAUGUGUACUGAUAGACAAUGUGCUAUUGCAACUUCAUAUAGAGGAAAAAUAUAACAACUCUUCUACUAACGUUUUCAACUGUGCUGACGAAAAUGGCCGCUUUGCGUUUCAUUAUACUGUUAUGAAAGGAGAACUAGAAAAGGCACUUCGGCAGUUAAAUCACAUGUGGAAUGUAAGUAAUGAGAUGAUCGUAGAUGCUAUUCUAAUAACGAUAUUGCAUGCACAUAAAUCAUACGAAGUAUGCUGGAGUAAGAACAUUUUUUGGAAUUUGGGCAAGGAAAAUGAUGACGAACUUAAAAACGAUAUGCUCUUAUCUGAUGCUGUCGGGAAAUAUAAAGAUAUCUUACAAAUAACUGAUUUCUGUAAAAAUAACUCUAAGAGGUUAUCAGUUGUGCAUCUUUUAUCUGUCAGUGUAAUGAAAAACACUAUCAAAACCUUAGUUGAAAUCUAUGGUCGAGAUAUACUAAACUGCAUGACUACAGACCGGAUAACACCAAUGUAUUUAUUGAAGUUAUUCUCUCCUGAAGAACAUGGCGAGAUCAUUGAUGAAAGCCUUGAAAUAUUACAACCAAAUAUCUAUGCUGAGAAAUAUAUCAUGUCAAUAAUUCUGAGCAGCUUGGUAAAUAUGGGAUGUUCAUUUAUAUCAGUGGGAAGUCUUAUAGUGCUGAUUCUGACAUCCAUUUUUGCAAACAUGAAAGCGAUCUCAGGUACCUCAUCAACAAUACAAAAUAAGGAACUAAAAACAAUAUCAACGAUAUCACAGACAAAUGUUGUAACCACAGAACCUGUUUCCGGUGUGACGGAUGACCAUUACAUAGAUAUAAAUCACACAACACCUACUCCAUAUGUGGACAGCAUAAAUACCAACUUGUUGCAAACGUUGAAUUGUUCUGUCUCAGGCAAAAAUGCAGAAGGAGAGAACUGUUCAAAUAAUAUCACAAAAUCUUCAAAUAAAACAAUUGUUACCUAUAGAGACUUUAAGGAAUAUACUUAUUAUAAAGCUUUGACGAAUGCCUUCCCAUAUGCUCCAAAUAUUCCUGGGAUGAUCACAAAUCUUCUCACGAUCAUAGUAGCAGCAAAUAUAAAACCGCGUCAUACAUCUGAAAUGUACAUGAUUACAUUGGGAGUUGCUGAUCUUAGUACAGUAGUAACAAGAUGUGCAUAUCAGUCGUGGUCAGCCAACUCUGAUAUAAGUCUAGCUGGUUGCACAGUUCCACAAUAUAUUGUACAC